AUCUAUGGCGUGGUUCCCCAUCCUCAAUGGCAACAUCGUAAAUUUAUUACAAAACUGAGGUCCAUUCCAUAUUUCUAAGGAUCACUUAAUUUAGUUUGCUUAUUUAUAGGAAGCAAGAAAAGACACCCAAACAAGGUAUACGCAUUUCUUUUAGUGUGUUUAUCUGUUUGUUUUCCGAGAAAAUCUUUGAGAAAAAGAGAGAAAUGGCAGCAGAGGAGGGACAAGUGAUCGGUUGCCACACCGUCGAGGCCUGGAACGAGCAGCUCCAGAAGGGCAAUGAAAACAAGAAACUGAUAGUUGUGGAUUUCACUGCUUCCUGGUGUGGACCAUGUCGCUUCAUUGCACCAUUCCUGGCAGAGCUGGCUAAGAAAUUGCCAAAUGUCACAUUUCUUAAAGUGGAUGUGGAUGAGCUGAAGUCAGUUGCUCAAGAUUGGGCCGUGGAGGCAAUGCCAACAUUCAUGUUCCUGAAAGAGGGAAAGAUUGUGGACAAGGUGGUGGGAGCAAAGAAAGAUGAACUGCAGCAGACUAUUGCAAAGCACUUGGCCACUGCCACUGCUUAAUCCUCAUGGUGAUGAUGUUCACUACUUCUAAAAGUGUUUCUUAGACCUUUCCGUAUGCUAUUUAAUCUUGAUCUAUGUUAUAUAUCGUGUAGACUGGAACUGAAAGUGUGUUGGUCUGGUGCGAAUAUUUUAAUUGCAUGACAUACUUGAAGCUCAUUUUAUGGUUUUGCUGAGUUUUCUUGCUUGAAGAAUGGGAAUACUUGGAUGCAUAUGAAGAUGGUAGUAUGUAUCUUAUGAUGUUGGGUUUAUAAAAGUGGCACACCAUCACACUAAAUACUUGAGCAUGUUUAGUUUA